AUGGGUGUUUGUUAUUCAUCAAUCAAUGGCAAGAAAAGGACAGUGGGGAAGAGAGAAGUAGAACAUGGUACAAAUUUAAAGUUGAGGAAGGGUAGUUCUGGUGAUUUUUCCACGUUUAUCAGCAAAUCAAAUGGCGGCGGCGCCGCUGCAGCUGUGGAGGAGAGGGCACUACAUCAAGUUCCCGGCAGGCUUUUUGCAAAUGGGGCGAGCUGGAUCGCCAGUUUGUACACUCAGCAAGGCAAGAAAGGUACCAAUCAAGAUGCCAUGAUUGUUUGGGAGAAUUUCUGUACGAGAAGCGGUACGAAUACUGCAUUUUGUGGAGUGUUUGAUGGUCAUGGUCCUCAUGGUCAUAUGGUAGCAAGAAAAGUUCGGGAUGCUCUUCCACUUUUGCUGCAUGCGGAGUUGGAAGCUAAACAUGAUAGCAAUCAAAGUUCUGAUCACGAGAAUGGCAAUGCCAAGGGAAUGACUCAUUUUGAUGAGUUUAAGGAUGAUGACGGGUUUGAUUCAUUGGAUGCGGAGGACAAUGACAAACUCCCGGAGAUGCAUAUGUCUAUUAAGAGAUCAAUUUUAAAGGCUUUCAAAUUAAUGGAUAAGGAAUUGAAGUUGCAUCCUACAAUAGAUUGUUUUUGUAGUGGUACGACUGCUGUCACUUUGAUAAUGCAGGGUCAGGAUCUCAUAAUUGGAAAUGUUGGCGAUUCAAGAGCAGUAUUAGCAACGAGAGAUGAGAACAAUGCUCUGAUGGCUGCACAGUUGACUGUGGACUUAAAACCUAAUCUUCCAAGAGAAGCUGCUAGGAUCCAGAAAUGUAAAGGAAGGGUUUUCGCAUUGCAAGAUGAGCCAGAAGUUGCACGUGUAUGGUUGCCUAACAGUGAUUCUCCUGGUUUAGCAAUGGCCAGAGCCUUUGGGGACUUCUGUUUGAAAGAUUUUGGCUUAAUUUCUACCCCAGAUGUUUGUUAUCACUGUAUUACUGAAAGAGAUGAGUUUGUCAUUCUCGCCACUGACGGGGUAUGGGAUGUCAUCUCCAAUAAGGAAGCCGUGGACAUUGUGGCCUCAGCUCCUGGUUGUGGAACAGCUGCUCGAGCUCUUGUUGACUGUGCUACAAGAGCAUGGAGUCUCAAGUACCCAACAUCAAAGAUGGAUGACUGUGCCGUUGUAUGCCUUUUCCUUAAACACGUAUCAGCAACUGGUGUUGUUGAUGCACCAAACAACCAAACGAAAUCCCCCAAACAGGAAAGAAGUAAGGUCCUUGCGGAAGAGUACGCAGAGAUCUCAAAUAUUGAUGAGGCUUUUCAAGAUGCUCUUCUUGUACCUUCAGAUAGUACUAAAUUGUGUAGUGAGAUAGUGCCUGUUAUCGAGGAAGUCGAGGAGAAGCUACCCGAGAGGUCACUUGGCCAGUCUAAGAGGAGUUUAGCUGAAUUCCUUUCGACUGCAGAGGUCGAGGAAUGGUCGGCCCUCGAAGGUGUUACCCGAGUUAAUAGUCUGCUUAGCAUUCCAAGAUUCUUGUCGUUUGACAAAAGAUCCGUAAGUUGGAGAAAGUGGUUAUGA